AAUAUCGCCAUGUCCCUUCCAGUGACCAAAAAGUACAGAUGCCGUUAUUACGGGCCAGAUGGCUUUCCAGUGCCUGGAGGUCCGAUUUGCAAUAACGGAGCCGAGUGUCGUUUCGUCCAUCCUUCAGACCCCAACUGGCCAGGGAAAACGCCAUUCAUCGACACGAGAUUGAAGAAGGACAGUGGUCGUGGCCCGCCGCUUGCUCCACAAUCCGACUUGUUCCAACGCAGAAAGGGUAAUGAUGACCGUGGUCGCUCGCAGAAAGAUUGGGACAGAAGUGAACGCAUUCGCGAGCGCGAGAAGAAUCGAAAUCAUAGAAAUCGAAGUACGACUCCAAUGCGUCCUUCUCCAAGGAGUCGAGCUGUCCCAGACAGUGAGAGGAAAGGAGAUGCAAGGGUUGAACCCCGCACAACUCCCAACGUAGAGCCAUCGUCUAAGGACGAUUUUUCGUCCCGUUGCGCCGAGAAAUGGGGCUCCCCGCUCAGAAAAACAGAGGAGAAACAACAUAGCGACGAGGAGAAACGCGCAGAACGAAUUGUUGGCUUGUUUCGGAGUCUUGCAAAUAUAUCGAACGAACUUGUCACAGCAACAGCAGCCCAGGAGCAUCAAGGGAAAAAGCUACAGACCUAUACCGAGAUAUCAUCCACAUUGGCCAAAGUGUCGCAGUCCGCCGCAUCUUCAGUGGCUCCCGCUCUCGCCGAUAUCAUGAUCCGGCAUGAGCAAUGCAAGCAUCGUGUUGACCAGAACUUCAAGGCGCUCGGUGGACUGUGGGACGAAGUUUUUGAUGUAUUUUGCAACGAGAUUGCUGGAGUGAUUGAUGUGAAGUUGCAAGAUGCGAUCGGCGUUUUGAAGGAGGCCUCCGAUGAUGCACAAAGUCCAGGAAAGAGAGGUCGGAUUGAGGCGGAUGAUGACUUGGGGAAAGGCGAUUCCUCUUCAGGCAGCAAGCGUCGUCGAAUCAAUGAAGGGACAUCCCCCACGGACGAAAGCGUUGGACACAUUUUGGCCCAGAUGAAGAUGAAGAUUGACGAGCAAGCCUAUUCUUUGCAAGUUUUGACCAAAGAGAACACAGAGCUCAAGCACACGUUGAAGCAGUCGAAUGGAGAGUGUCGUGAUUAG